UUAGCUAUUAUGAACAUGAACAUGAACAUGAACAUGAAAAUAUGGUCAUAACACAAUAAAUGCAUAUUUAAAACAAGUCACACAUUUCUUUUUUAUUUUCUCCAAUCAUAAACAUUUUUCAAUUAUCUCACCCACUCUGUUCCUGUCAUAUUACAAAGAGUGUGUCUUUCUCCUUCACCAUAGAUUCAUAAAACAAAACAAAAACACAAAGUUUCAAAAAAAUGAAGUUUUAAUGGAAGACAGAAAAGUACACACGAUUGCUGUUAUAUCAGUAAUAUCCUUAAUAAUAGUGAUAAUCAUUUGUCGUGUUUCCUUAAAACUCUCAAAAGCUUUCUUCUUAAUCUGCGGCGCAUCAAUCGCAAUAAUUCUUGCUGUCUUUUCAUGUUUACUCAUAAGACAACGUUACAACAACAGAAGAAAAGUGUUGGAAUCACAGUUAAAAUCAGAAGGUCGUGAGCUUAGAAUUGAGUACAGUUUCUUAAGAAAAAUUGCAGGAGUACCAACAAAAUUUCGAUACAAAGAGCUCGAAGAAGCAACCGAUGAUUUUCAAGCAGUAAUCGGUAAAGGGUCAUCAGGUUCAGUCUUCAAAGGCAUUUUGAAUGAUGGAACUUCAGUUGCAGUGAAAAGAAUUAAUGGUGAAGAAAGAGGUGAGAGAGAAUUUAGAUCAGAAGUUUCAGCUAUUGCUAGUGUUCAGCAUGUUAAUCUUGUGAGACUUUUUGGUUAUUGUAAUUCACCAACACCACCAAGAUAUCUUGUUUAUGAGUUUAUUCCAAAUGGUUCAUUAGAUUGUUGGAUUUUUCCUAUGAAACAAACAACUACAAGGACACGUAGAUGUGGUUGUUUACCUUGGAAUUUAAGGUAUAAUGUUGCUAUUGAUGUUGCUAAAGCAUUAAGUUAUCUUCAUCAUGAUUGUAGAUCUAGAAUUUUGCAUCUUGAUGUGAAACCAGAGAAUAUAUUACUUGAUGAAAAUUAUAAAGCACUUGUUACUGAUUUUGGUCUUUCAAAGCUUGUUGGAAAAGAUGAGAGUCAAGUUAUGACAACAAUAAGAGGAACUAGAGGAUAUUUAGCACCAGAAUGGUUAUUGGAACGUGGAAUUUCUGAGAAAAGUGAUAUUUAUAGUUAUGGAAUGGUUUUGUUAGAGAUGAUUGGAGGUAGAAGAAAUGUUUCUAAAGUUGAAGAUCCUAGAGAUAAGAGUAAGAAGAAGUGGGAAUUUUUUCCUAAGAUUGUGAAUGAGAAAUUGAGAGAAGGGAAAUUGAUGGAAAUUGUGGAUAAAAGGGUAGUGGAAAGUGGGAAUUUUGAUGAGAAUGAAGUGAAAAGAUUGGUGUUUAUUGGUUUAUGGUGUAUACAAGAGAAACCAAGGUUGAGGCCUAGUAUGGUUGAAAUUGUUGAUAUGCUUGAAGGAAGAGUGAGUGUGGAAGAGCCACCAGGUACUAGAAUGAUUCUUGUUGAUAUGUUAGCUGAUGAUGAAGAUCCUACAGAUCAUAAUAAUCUAGCUAGGUUAUUGACUCCUAUGUCUAGUAAUGUUGAUUGUACCUCUACUUACUCUUUAGGAUCCUAUAUGUCUAUUUUCUCUGGUAGAUAACAUUACAUUUUGGUUUGUGUUCUAAAAAGUAGUUGAUUCUGUUUGAGAAGGUAUUUAAUUAGGUUCUUCAAUUAUAGAAAUUGGUACUUAGUUUUAUAACUUUCAAUGACAAAAUUAUUAUUAUGGUUAUCUUUGUUAGCUUCUGCAACUAUGGAAUGCCAUGUUCUUAAGUAUUCAUCUGUCAGCCAAGGCACUGUUAUCCUGUAAAUCAUUUUUGGAUCCAUUUUACUACAACUUUUCCU